CAUUUGAAGUAUUCAAAACAACACACAGGAAUGCAAAAAAGUGGAAAACCAUUUUGCUGUCCUGAGUGUGGUGUAAGAUUUGAACAGAAAAGCCAGCUAAAGAUGCACAGGAAAAUUCAUAAAGGAAAGAAACCACUUGGCUGUUUUGAGUGUUACAAAAGAUUUGGUCGAAAGAGCAAUCUGAUUGAUCAUGUGAGAAUUCAUACAGGAGAGAAACCAUUUGUGUGUUCUGAAUGUGGUAAACAAUUUAGACAGAAGGGCAAUCUGGUCACACAUAUGAAAACUCAUACGGGACAGAAACCAUUUGGCUGUUCUGAUUGUGGUCGAGUAUUUGGACAUAAGGCCAGUUUGCUCAGACACAUGAGAAUUCAUACGGGAGAGAAACCAUUUGCAUGUCCUGAGUGUGGGAAAACAUUUAGAGAGAAGGGUAAUAUGAUCACACACAUGAGAACGCACACAGGACAAAAACCAUUUGGGUGUUCUGCAUGUGGCAGAGGAUUUGGGCAUAAGGGCAGUCUGAUGAAACACAGAAGAAUUCAUACAGGAGAGAAAACAUUUGGCUGUUCUGAAUGUGGUAAAAGAUUUGGACAAAAGAAUAAUUUGAACAGACACAUGAGAAUUCACACAGGAGAGAAAACAUUUGUGUGUCCUGAAUGCGGUAAAAGAUUUGGACAAAAGAACAGUCUGAUUAGUCACAGGAGAAUUCAUACAGGAGAAAAACCAUUUGUAUGUUCUGAGUGUGGUAAAAGUUUUAGAGAGAAAGGCGAGCUGAACAGGCACAUGAAAAAACAUACAGGAGCGAAAAUCUUUUGCUAAAAGAUGUUUUACUGCUUCGCUUACUCAAAGCAUGAGAAGUGGGGCAGGGGAAAAAAGGCAGUAUUUGAGGAGCGGAUAAAAGAAGUGGAUUUACCAACGAAAAAGAAAGAAGCCACCACAACUGCAAAACUACAAUUGAUUGCCUGUCAAAUCACAAAAUAUUUGACAGCAGAAGAAAUACAAAGAAUAAAGGAAGAAG